AUGGGUGACCGCAUAGGACGACGCAUCAUAAAGGCCUACCGCGAGAACCCAUCAAAUGAGUCUCUGGAGUAUGGCCGUGACGUCACCUUCAAGGAGUUCGCGCUGUUCCUCACAAACCGGUCUGAGGAGAUGGCUGAUGUCCAUCAAAUCAUGUCAACGGCCGUACAAACGCAAACAUAUGAACAUCACGUGCAAUGUAUGACGAACCGCACAUCGCACAACGCGCUGCUUAAACGUAAACGAGGCCUUAGCCUCUGUUUCAUCAGGCCAGAGAUGUGGGUCAAGUGUAUAAGGUACCGCAACCUUGGACUGGAGCAGGAAAAGGAGCAGGAAGACAAAUGUGCAUUUGGAUCUCCUGAUGGUAAAUACGAGACCUUGCUGGAAGAUUCCACAUUAGCGCUUCAUACGAUCAACGCAUCCCACAUUCAGUUCCCGCGCUUAGAUCACACUUCGGGUACCGCGGAGAAACUGCACAGGUACUUCUCCCAACUCGACCUGCCCCUCAUCAGGAAACUGUACAAGCUCUACAAACACGACUACAGGAUAUUUAAUUACAAUUUAGACAAUAUUGUUGGCUUCGACCUAGGUUAAAAGAAAAAAUGUACUAC